AUGGAGAACUCUUGCAGCGAGAAUGACGAUACUAGGAAGGGGGAUAAUAAAUUAGCCAAGAAUUAUAAGCAGUAUAUGGAAAUGAAUAGCAACAACUUUAGGAAAAUUCUAUUUUCUAAAGAGCAUCAUAAAGAACUAUUUAAAUGGCUUCCUAUUACUUCCCUGGCAGCUCAAAUUUAUAAGAAAGCAAGUGGAUCUUAUGAUGAUCAAUUUAAUGAAGAGUUUAUUAGCAAAUUAGACAGCCAAUUAAAUAUCACCCCCUGUGCCUUGGUCUUAGCUAUACUUUAUAUCGAACGCCUAAUGCAAACUGACAGGGAAUGUUCAAAACAUCUUUUACCCUCCGAAUUAUUUGUCAUUUCAAUGUUAAUCGCCACAAAAUAUCUUAUUGAUGAGGGCGAGGAAAAUGAAAUUUGGAACGAUGAAUGGGCAAAAGCCGCAAACUUUGAAAUCGAUCGUGUUGUUCAAUUAGAAAGGAUCUUCUUAAACAGAAUUAAAUGGAAUUUGUUCAUAUCGCCUGCUACAUUCCAUAAGUAUACUGCCAGACUAGAGGCUAGAAUGAUAGUAAAGGAAUUUGAAGAUAGAAAUUGGCUAACCUAUGCUGAAAUGAAAACCCUACUUGAUUUAUCUUCGAAACAUACGUUGUCGACUAUUGGUCAAAUUAUAAAAAUCGUAGCUGUAUCCAUAACUUCAUACCUAGCCUGUUUCAUUAUCGUGGUAGGAAGUCUAUUUCUAAUAUACACUUAUCAAAACAAUCAUUUACCGUACGUAUGUGGUGGAAAUAACCUUUUAUCGCAAAGCGACGUAAAUGGAAUAUACUUUCGACACGGCACUGGGGCUGCAUACAAUCAUCUUAAGCAUUAUGACGUAGAAUCGGGUAAAAUUCACGCAGAAAGUUUACGCAAUUUUGGUACUGCUUUCUAUAACAGUGCACAGAUUACAAAUAAUCAGUUAAUGAAUAAUAAUUGCCGUAAAGAAGCGCGAUGGAAUCACAAUGUGUGGUAUAUCGCGAAGCAAUCUUUGAAUGGAGAAAUGAUGAACGUUGGAAUGAAGAGUUAUUCGAUCCCGCUUCUUCAUGUCAUGUCAUGA